CGCCCGCUUAUCGAAUAGCUGAUAUAAUUACAUGGAAGUCGUGUGCCUCGAUUGUUGUUAAUAAGGGAUGUCGAAAUAAAGUUUAAAUUUAAAAUGCUUAAUGAUCAUUCCAUAAAUCAAAUAAACAAUGGCUUUGGGCCAAUUUUUGAUGAACGUAAAAGUAGAGAAUUGUAUACGAUGUUUUUAAUGCUUUGUUUAAUAUGUUUAUUUGUUGUUCCUAGUUAUUUUGGUUUUACAACAGUUUUUCAAACUAGAUGUUUUGUAGAAGAUUUGACAUUAGUGUCUAUGGUGAUCUCAUCUUUAAUAAUUGGAGAGUUUUUGCGACGAAUAUGCUUUUUUUAUGAAGAAAAAUUUCAUGUUGAUUCAAGACACAAUGGUUCAUUUGGAUUAGCACUGUACAAUUGCAUUGCUGUAACUAACAAUUUAAGUGUAAUUUGCAUUACCUUUGUUUUAACAUUUGCAAUUACUGUUAACUAUUGGCUGUUUAGUACCAAUGAAAUACUAUCAUUCACCGUAUAUACAACAUACGCAGUCUGUAGUUCUAUUGUCAUGCAUUUGUUAAAGUUGAAAGAACCUUCCCUUUUUGAGUAUUCUCAUAUGAAUGAAAUCGAAAACAAACAUCUAGCAGCAGGUUUAGCUUGGGGAUAUUAUUUUGGUUAUUUAAAAGAGCAACUUCCCAAGUUGGACCUGCUGAUUAAAAAUGCUGUUUCACCUGAUUUUGAGAUUGAAGGAAAUGAUGCUCGUGAUCACCUCAAACCAAUAUUGUAUAUUAUUAUCCCAAAAGAUUGUAAUUGUACCGAAAGCCUUCAAAAAUGUGACGAUAGGAUUAAGUUUCAGGACACUUCUAUUGAGGAUCGACGAAAUACAGGGGGAGUUCAAGAAAGAUCAUAUAAAAAUAGUGUUUACUCUAUCACUGAUAUAUUACCAAACGGCAAUAUAAAAUAUAAAUAUCUCUUAAUGGAAUAUGCUACUCCAAUUAAAAAUUUAUAUCUAAUGUCUAAACACUCUAAAACUGGUUUGAAUGAUGAGGAUCUUAAACGUGAAGUUACUUUGUUUUAUAAGAAACUAAAAAGUAUAUUAGAAUCUGAUUCAAGUUGUUCAGGGUUAUAUAAACUGAUUUUACUUGGGAGCACAAAAGCUUCUAAAAAUAACCUCGUUGAUAUCUUGAAUAAAGAAAUUGACGAUAUAAACGUAAGUAUUUAGCUUCAAGAAUGUAUAUUUAUAUAUAUAUAAAUAUAUAUAUA